CGGAACUCCUGAGCGGCGGCGGGGCGGGAGCGGCGCGGCGGCGGGGACAAGAUCAGGACAGGAGGAACCUACUGGUCGCGAGAACUGCGAACCCAACAGGAUGCUGCCUUGGCGACUGCAGACGACCCCCGAAAAGGCUGAGCUGCAGGAGCUCAAUAACCGGCUGUAUUACUACAUGUGCCGGGUGAGGGAUCUGGAGCGCGAGAACUUGCUCUUGGAAGAGGAGCUGCGCGGCUGGCACGGUCAGGAGGACCUUUGGGCAAAGGGCCAGGCUCGUUAUGCCGAAGAGGCGCGCGUUUUGCGGCAGCAGCUGGAAGAGCUGAGUUGGGCCACAACGUUGGCUGAGAGCGAACGCGACGCGCUUCGGCGAGAACUGCGGGAGUUGCAGCAGCUUGGUGCGGAGGCGCGCGCUGUCCGCGGCCGCCUGGACGCAGAGCUGGGCGCGCAGCGGCGCGAGCUCCAGGAGGCGCUGGGCGCGCGCGCCGCCCUGGAGGCGCUGCUGGGCCGGCUGCAGGCAGAGCGCAGCGCUCUCGAUGCGGCCCAUGAGCGCAACGUGCGGGAGGUCCGCGCGCGCGCCACCGGUCUGUCCCUGAGCUACCGCGCCCGUCCCGCCGGCCCCGUCGCGCCCCCGCCGCGCCUGCAGGAGGUACACAACAGCUAUACGCUCCUGGUAGCUGAGUCAUGGCGAGAGACGGUGCAGCUGUACGAGGACGAGGUGCGCGAGUUGGAGGAGGCACUGCGGCGCGGCUUGGAGAGCCGGCGCGAGGCCGAGGAGGAGACGCGGCUGUGCGCGCGGGAGGCGGAGGCCCUGCAGCGCGAGGCUCGGGAACUGGAGCAGCUCCGCGCGAGGCUGGAGGAAGAGCUCCUGCGAAUGCAAGAGGUGUUUGAGCUGCAAGCUCAAGAGCGUCAGAGAGUGAUAGAUGGCCUCGAGGAUGAGAAGGCCACCCUCACCAUGGCCAUGAAUGACCGGCUGCGGGACUGCCAGAAGCUUGUGCAAGUGAAGACCGGCCUGAGUCUGGAGGUGGCCACCUACCGAGCCUUAUUGGAAGGAGAAAGUAAUCCAGAAAUAUUGACCUGGACUGGACACACUGAAAAUAUACCACAAGAAUUCAGAAACACAUCCUAUCAACACUUCAACACAGUGUUACAGAGGGAGAAUGAAAGAAAUCUAUUUCAAAGGCAGAAAGCACCUCCCAUGCAUUUAAAUCACCGCGCAGGGGUGUAUGCUAACCGGUCGGUGCACCUUGGACCUCAGACUACUAUCAGAAGCGCUGCCCGAGGUGGCUUCCUAGGCUCAGGAUAUUCAUCCCGAGCCACUGUUCAGCAAGACAAUGACAAAACUGCCAACAAUCAAACCGGGUUCAGAACUUUUUCUCCAACCUAUUGUCUUUUAAGAAAAGCGGAAAUACAAUUGAAAGCACUUCCCGAAAGACCCAAAACAGAAGGUGCAAGUGAUGCCGCCAGUCGUAUAGCCAGAGGUUCCACCGUUGCCCAAGACACUUACCGAGAACGCCAAGACAACAUGGCAGCGGGUGCUUCUGAGAAUGUGUGGUCAAAUGAGAGGACUGUUAUUUUGGGAAAGAAAACAGAAGCGAAAGCCACAAGGGAGCAAGGAAGGAAUAUCCCAGUAAUUAUCCAAACAAAGCAAGCAGAGAAAUUGUUUGAUUCUAAAGAGAAGGCAUCUGAAGAGCGAAACUUAAGGUGGGAAGAACUUACAAAGUUGGAUAAAGAAGCAAGAAAGAGGGAAAGUGAGCACAUCAGGGGAAAGCCUAAAGGAAAGGAAUCGCUGAAGGAGAAAAAUGUGCGAGAAAGAGAGAUACCAGUUCGUCUAGAAGCUUCCCAGGGCAGCAUCCCAGAGGUGUCCCCAAAAGGCUUCCAGACGCCUGGUAAGAAGGCUGUCGGUGGAGAGACAGAGACUAAAGAGAGGAGGUUCCGACUGGACACCAGUAACACCGCUAGCUCUCUGAAAGAUGACUCCAUGACCAAAACCAUCGCAGAAAAUGUUGUCUCCAGUAUUCUUGAGCAGUUUACUCAGUCUCCAGAUACAGAAGCAUCUGUGAAUUCUUUCCCAGACACAAAAGUCACUUACAUGGAAAGGAAAGAGCUUCCUUUUCCUGACAGGAAAACAAAGACCGAACUCAUCGUGGAGUCUAAACUGACGGAGGAUAUUGAUGUUUCCAGUGAAGCUGGCCUGGACUACCUUUUAAGCAAGAAUGCAAAGGAAGUGGAGCUGAAAGGAAAUUCCACUGAGCGGAUGAUAGGGGAGAUAAUCAAUCUAGGUCUGAAAGGAAGAGAUGGAAAAGCAAAGGUCAUCAAUGUGGAGAUCGUUGAAGAGCCCAUGAGCUACGUAGGAGAAGAGAAGGCCGAGGAGUUCUCCACCCUGUUUAAAGUGGAGGAGGUUGACGAUGUGUCUCCGGGUUCCAAAGGGCUUGUUGAGGAAAAAGAAGGUGAUGGAGAAGCAGGCAUCACCUCAGUCAGUCAACACAGAAGGAACAAGCAGCCCCCUCAUCACUUAACUCAUGUUGAAGAAGUGACAGAGGCAGGUGACUGGGAGGGGGAGCAGAGUUACAUUGUGUCGACUCCAGAUGAGCACCUGGGGGGCCACGACAGAGAUGAAGGCUCGGUGUAUGGGCAGAUCCACAUUGAAGAAGAAUCUACCAUCAAGUACUCAUGGCAAGAUGAGAUUGUGCAAGGGACCCGGAAAAGGAAGACAGACGACACAUCAGAAGAGAAGGUUGUGAAGCCAUGGGACAUUCCAGCUUCCCCUCUAGAGGGGGAACUGCGUUCUUCUCACUGGAUAGAACCAGUGAAAAGGGGCGAGUUUCAUGCUGAGCCCACAGUCAUUGAAAAGGAAAUUAAAAUACCGCAUGAAUUUCAUACUUCCAUUAAGGGAGUUUUCUCCAAGGAGCCCAAACACCAGCUAGGAGAGGUUAUUGGACAGCUGGAGGAAAACCUUCCAGAGCGAGUGAGAGAAGAGCUGUCUGUCCUUACCCAAGAGGGGGUGGGCGAGCCCGGGGUCUUUUCCGUGGAUGUCCAGAAAGUCCAGACCUUCAGCAGCGGCUCCAUGACCUUAGUUGCUGAAGUCAACCUCUCGCAGGAGGUAGACGCUGAGAAGUUAGACCUGGAUGAACUGCACAGAUGUGAAGCUAGUGAAAUAGAGAAAGCCGUGGAGUCGGCAGUUCGAGAAAGUUUGACCAAGAGACGUAGUAACCAAGAGCUCGUUGGAAGCCCUAGCAAGGAAGGUGGAGUGGAGGCCCCAGUCACCGGCAUUAGCUUCAAACGUUGGGCCACCAGGGAACUGUACAGCCCCUCAUGUGAGGAGGAUGCUGCCAGCCAGGCCUCUUCCAGCACAGAACAGGCCCAGGGUCCAGUGUUGGCUACCGUGGAAGUCAGCAGCCCCAAGGGGCUUGUCCAGUCCCACGUGCUGGAGGACAUAAGGCAGUCUGUAAGGCACAUUAAAAUAGCAGCCCCUGAGAUGUGGAGGACUGAGCAAGUCUUGUCUGAAGGAGCUAGAUCAGCAGUGGGAGAGAUGGAUGUGAGUCACGCAGCGGCAACCCCGAGCUCUGCCAGGUGGACACAAGAGUUCACGGUUCGCUUCCCUGCAGACAAGGAAGCUGCAGCUCCUGGUGUGUCUGACCGUGGUACCUGGAGAGACACUGGCGGUAGAAGGGAGCCGACAGGGGGUGGGACCUUCCAGGCCUCUGCAGGUGACGGAACCCAAGCCCAUGGGCCGAAGGACAAGGAAGAAGCUGCAUUUAGUAAGACGGUGCAGCUGCAGAGGAUGGUCGACCAGAGGUCGGUGGUUUCUGAUGAAAAGAAGGUUGCCUUGCUCUAUCUAGACAGUGAGGAUGGGGAAGAAAGUGAUGGGCACUGGUUUUGA